AUGGUCACUGAGGGCCAUAGACUCAGGGGAACGAUGCCUUCUAAUCCCCGUCUAGAUGGAACAACCGAGAUCGAUGAGCUUUGCCGCUACCUUCGCUCUCUCGUGGUCCUGGAAAACAUAGACGAGCUUUUGGAGGAGCGUUUCGAUGAUGUUCCCCCCGAGUUCGAACCUGCUCUUUUGUCUUGCAUGCGGAAUCAGUCAAACUCCAUUGAUAGCGACGAUGAGGACGAGUCUCUUGGACUCAGCGGCGUCCCAGUCAGUGCUGUCAACGGAGACCCCGCACGGAUCUCGCGUCGCAGGAGAGUUGAUGAGGAACGUCAUCAUGCUUUGGAAGCUGCCGAGCUCGAGCUUCGCGAGUCUGGGGAUUUGUCUCAAACUCCACGUGAGUAUCUUAUCAACGGACGGACCGUCGAUUGGGUGCGUAGCUUCUACGAGUCACCCCCUGAAGACCCAGAGCAGUACGACGUGACCCAGAGCACCACGAGUCCGGUUCCUUUGGGAUUGCUUCAUGGUUAUGACCCUGAAGAAUACGAGAAUGAAUCCCCGCCCCAGGUCCAAUACAUGGUGCAUAAUCGACGCUGGGGCCUCCGCGAUGUCGAUGUCAUACCAACUAUCGAGGAGGAAACUUCUGCUGACAUCCAGAUUGCUGAGGACGGGAAAAUCAAAGAGGAAAGCGAUCAAAUGGAUUGGAAAGCAGACCUUUCUAACGAGAGUGUCGAUGAUGCAGACCGGGAGAGUAACGGAGAUGCUGAGGUUCCGCCCGACAUGCGCAUCACCAGGAGUGGCCGUACGUACCAUACCCGCGAGGCGCCAUCUCCAGAUAGCCGUCAGCCGGGCAGAGCGCGCCGUCGUCCCGAGGCUGCGAGGGCCGCCACGAACAAAGGCAAUCAAAGGAACAAGAGAAAGACUGCGAAGGGGAACGAGCAGGCACCGAAAACUAGAAAGCGUCAGCGAUCCAACAGUGAUGACGACGGAAGGUCUGAGGACCAACAAGGUAGCUCAAAGAGACAGCGGCCACUGAGACGCAGCAGUCGACUCGCAGAGGCAGGAAAGGCAUCUUCCGUCUAA